CUAUUUCUUACACAUUUCUCUGCCAGCUGAUUGUUUUGAUGCAUCUGACGCAUUAUUUCGAAAAAGAUCAGCCUCAAAAGCGAGACAUCUGUGUUAGUAUUUAAUGAAAGCAAUAAUUUAUAAUGAAUGUAUUAUGAGCGGACUUUGAUAUGAGCAUGCAACCCGGAGGUGUUUCUUACUCAGACAAACAAUUAGUUCUUCGAUAGCGGAGUUAUAAAAGUUGUUGAAAAUUUAAAUAUUUCCAGCUAUUGACCUCAUGCUGAGCAUUCGAAAUUGAGCAGAAUAAAGGGAGAGAACUGCUGAAUUUAGACUUUAUUUUAACUUUAUUAGUGACACAUUCUCAUGUGAUGUCAAACUUUGAUAGAUAGAUCAUAAAAAGCCUAAAAGUCUAAACAUCAGUGUAAAAUCUUGCCUUAUUACCAUAUUGGUUUUGCCAUUUGUAAUUCAGUAAUGAAAGGGGAAAUAACUCAAGAGCAACUUGGUUCGAAUAUUGUACUUGAAAACAUUGAAUACAUGGCAUAGAGGGCAUUAUUAUUAAAUAGAACAAAGGCCUACAUUGUGAGUGAAAAAUAGAUACAAGUACUGCUUGAUAUGAAUAUUUUUGAGGAAGUUUAUUACUUUGUCACCGGAUGAUGAUUCAUGGUUUAUACAAACAAUCAACUACAUGUAUAUCAAUGGACAAAGAGGACAGAUAACACCUACAUCAAGAUAGUUGUUAAAUUAUCUGACUAUCAUAGCGGGAUUAGAGAGUGAAUCAAGAAGUUAUUGUGACGUUUUAAAAAGGAUUGACCACAAAGGAUUCAUGGCUAAAUACAGUGAUUAAAAAGAAACUUGCUGUACAUAUAAUGCAAGCAUUAUUUCUCAAAUGUGUUGAUAAUGUGUCUCUGCAUUAUACUUAGGGCAGAUUUUGAAAUUUCUCUUGUAUAAUAUAGAGAACAAACACAUAUUAUGUGAAUGGAAAACAAGGGGAUGAUAUAAUAAUAAAGGAAGUUUAUAUAGAUCAGUAAUUUUAAGCUAGAUGAAGAUCUGCAAAUAGCUUGAAGAAAAACUACGCAAAUAUAUUUUCAAAAAGAGUCUUGUGAAUCCCUUGUAAUCAAAGUGAAAAAACUUGAGAAGUGUACAGCAUUUUAGGAAGAUAACUCUGUGUUUCAAGGAAUCAUCAAUAUUAAAAGGGAAAUAAUUUUGGAAUUGUACAACAUUCACAAAAGAUAACUCUGUGUUAAGCAGAAUCACGACUCUGUGAUAUCAGGAAACCAUUCCAGUCCACUAUAUUUAUUCCAUAGACUGUGUUUAUUAUGGCAAUGGGCACCAUGUUGUGUUUUAAUUGUUGCCUCACAGAACAGCCUCAGCCGAGGCGAAGACGUAUAGAUCGUAGCAUGAUUGGUGAGCCAAUGAAUUUCAGACAUACCACUCAUGUUGGUACAGGGGACAUAACCUCGCGUGGGUCUUCAAAUAGUUUGUCUAGUCUACAGGGUCAGAUGUCUUCAAAGGGAGACGACUUCAACCAAACUAGUUCCACUGCUAUUCACUUGAAUGUUAUUGACCUCCCUGUACGAAGAAAUAUAUAGCUAUGCAGAUGACAUGCAUUACAACCUGACAUGUUGAGUCAAAAGCAGUCAACAGGAUUUGUUUGUCUCAUAGAAAUUGUGUUCUGUUGUUAUAGAAUUUGGGUAAAAUACCGGUACUGUAACCAAACCAGAAAUCUUUCA